GUUUGAAUUAGUAACUCUGAUUUGAAUUCCCACACUCUUUGAAAGGUUCCUGCAAAACUGGAAUGCCAGUAGGAAAGGUUUGAUGACGAUCAGAAGCAUGCUUACACUGAACUUCCUGGCUCCCCUGGCCUCGCAGAAUGUCUCUGAGUGAGAAUGCCGUGUUGGCUUAUGAGUCUUUGGCACACAGCACCAACGUCUUGCUCAGUCUUGACGACCAGCGGAAGAAGGAUGUGCUGUGUGAUGUCACUGUCCUUGUAGAGGGCCAGCGGUUCCGCGCCCACCGGUCCGUGCUGGCAGCAUGCAGCAGCUACUUCCACUCAAAGAUUGUAGACCAGAAGGAGACCGACCUUCACAUUCCUCUACCCCAGGAGGUGACAUUGAAAGGAUUUGAACCUUUCAUUCAGUUUGCCUACACUGCUAAGCUGUUUUUAACUAAGAACAAUGUGGAUGAAGUGUGCAAAUGUGUGGAAUUUUUAGGUGUACGUGACAUUGAGGAAUCCUGCUUUCAGUUUCUCAAGUUCAAGUUUUUGGAUCCCACUGCAGACCAGCAAAAAUGCUCAGGAAAAAAAUGCUCCCCAUCACACUGUCAGGAAACAGACCUUAACAUUUCACUUUUGGACCACAGGGAUUUAGAAAUUGUUGAAGUAGAAGAAUUUUUGAAAGAUAAAAAUGUUCAAAUGCCCCAUUGUAAACUCUACAGGUAUCAAGGAAAUGUAAAGGUUUCACCUCCUUUACAAGACAGUGCCAGCCAAACAUGUGAAUCUGGGUGCUUAGAAAAGGAUGCUGCUCUGGCUUUGCCAUCUUUAUGCCCCAAAUACAGAAAAUUCCAAAAAGCAUUUGGAACUGACAGAGUUCGUACUGUGGAAUCCAGUGUCAAAGAUGUUCACACUUCUGUUCAGCCCCAUGAGACAUCUGAAAAUGAAUGCCUAGAAGGAGUCCAGAACUGUGCAGGUUUGCAGGUGAUUUUAAAAUGCAAAGAAAGUACUUUGGCAAUGGAACAUGAAGAAACCAUCAAGAAAGAACCUGCUUCUCAGUGCCAAGCAGAGAAAACUGAGGUGACUCCUCCUCUUCCCUACAAUCCUUCCACAGAACCUUCUGGACUCUAUUCUCUGUCUCUUUUACACACGUAUGACCAAUAUGAUGACUUGAAUUUUGCUGGCAUGCAAAACACAGCAGUGUUAACAGAAAAGCCUUUGUUCGGUACAGAUGUUCAAGAAGAGAAGAUACUUGGUGAAAGUCAGGAUUUACAUUUGAAAUCUGACUCUGGCCCCCAGGAAGAUGGCAGCCUUGCCUCCAGUGAUCGGAGUAGUGUGGAGCGAGAAGUGGCAGAACACUUGGCAAAAGGCUUCUGGAGUGACAUUUGCAGCACAGACUCACCUUGCCCAAUGCAGUUAUUGCCUGCUACUGCCAAAGAUAGUUCAGAGCAGAUCUCACAGAAGCGGUCUGAGUGUCCGUGGUUAGGUAUCAGGAUUAGCGAGAGUCCAGAACCAGGUCAGAGGACUUUCACAACAUUGAGUUCUGUCAACUGCCCUUUUAUGAGUACUCUGAGUACCGAAGGCUGUUCAAGCGGUUUGGAAAUUGGAAACGAUGAUUAUAGUUCUGCACCCCAGCAAGAACCUUGUCCAUAUACUUGUGUGAUUAGCUUGGGAGAUGACUCUGAGACAGACACAGAAGGAGACAGUGAAUCCUGUUCGGCCAGAGAACAAGAAUGUGAGGUAAAAUUGCCAUUUAAUGCUCAACGAAUAAUUUCACUUUCUCGAAAUGACUUUCAAUCAUUGUUGAAAAUGCACAAGCUGACUCCAGAACAACUGGAUUGUAUCCAUGAUAUUCGAAGAAGAAGUAAAAACAGAAUUGCUGCUCAGCGCUGUCGCAAGAGAAAGCUUGAUUGUAUACAGAACCUUGAGUCAGAGAUCGAGAAACUGCAAAAUGAGAAGGAGAGUCUGUUGAAGGAGAGAGACCACAUUCUGUCGACUCUGGGUGAGACAAAGCAGAAUCUAACUGGACUUUGCCAGCAAGUCUGCAAAGAAGCAGCUCUCAGUCAAGAACAAAUACAGAUACUCGCCAAGUACUCAGCCUCAGAUUGCCCACUCUCAUUUUUAAUUUCUGAAAAAGGCAAAAGUACUCCUGACACUGAACUGGCAUUGCCGUCGAUUAUGAUUUCACCCGAGAAGCCUCCAGCUGUGCUGCCUGCUGGGGAGCAGAGCCCCUGUUACCCCCGCUCCCGUAGGAACCGAGAGGCAGGCUGCCCCCGGGCCCAGGAGUCCAGGCCCACCUCCAGCACCACCUCUGAGCCGGCAGGGCUGGUGGAGCAGUGUCGGCCGGGCGGCGGCAUUUCGGAUUUCUGUCAGCAGAUGACUGAUAAGUGCACUACUGAUGAGUAAACUUGCACUCGCUGCCUUCACACCAUCCACUUUUCCACUGAAGUUUCACCAUUGUCUUGAAAGCCCAAAGGAAACCAUCUGUUUCUUAACAGUAUUGUGUUUUUCUCUCUAGUAGUUUGCUGUUAAGGGAAUUCCUCUGAAGUCAACCCAGACUUCUUGGUUUCCACAAAGGGCUGCGGAAAUGAUUUUGCCUCCUGGACACUGAAAAAGCCCAUAUGAAAUUAUAGUAAGGCUUUAAGAGUCAUGUUUUCAAAAAUAAUGACUAUUAAUAACUUUGGCCACUCUUCCAAAACAUGCGAAUGAAUACUACAGCAUAUCAAAUGACAACUUAAAACAUCUGCAAAACAUCCCCAGUUUAACAGUCUGACAUGUUUGCAAUACACUGGCUUAAAAGAACAUUUCUCCCCAACCAGUGCCUGUAAGGAUUCCUUCUACUUGGAAGUAAGGUGUCAGCUACUUGUGUAGCACUUGAUCUCAACAGUGUGAAAAAUAGAGAACAAUCAUUUUAUACCUGAAGCUGAGAGCAUUGACCAGAAGCAGAGGCGGUCACCCUGCGCUGCCAGUGUGCACCGACUGCCCGGGAACAGCUAGCAGGGCUGCUGGAGGCGCUGGGCCUCCUCGAGUCGACUGUCAGGAAUUCUGGUUGCUAUAGUCUCAAGUGUCCAUUUCCCACUGGCCUUUUUUUCUCUUCAGUCUCCACGACAUGGUGUGUCUGUCAUGAUCUGUUUCCUGACAUUUUUGCCCCUUGGGAAGAAGGAAUAGCAUUCAGGGUGCAUUGGAAUGAAUGAAUGCAUUGGCAUCAUUGGCCUCUCUGGAAUUCUGAAGUCCUUGCCCUAACAGCCCUAACACUGAGCUGCUUGCCCUCCCACCAGAGGUCUCCCAUGCAAAAAAAUGAGACAUAGGGAAAGGAAAUUGUGUUUCCUCUUAGGAGUGGCAAUUCACUUUUCACCCUGUUUUUGAAAACCUAUGGUUUACCUGUAAAAAGCACUGUUGUAGAUAAUGUAUCUGGAGCAAUCAUGUCGGUUUGUGAACUAAAAUGAGACUUGAUCUUUUUCCAUGUGGACUUGAAUCUGGCAACCUGCUUUAAGCUUGCUCUCUUCACCAACUCUGGUGUAUAAUGGCCACAGAUCACCUUGAUUUGAGCAUUCUAAAAUCAGUCUUUGUAUUUAUUCAGCUCCAUUUUAAAAUACAGUUUUUAUAAUCACCCCAUAAUACUUUGUAAUGGUUCUUAGCCGUUCUGGUGUUACAGAAUUGAAAACCCAAUAAAAUCAGUGGCCCUUCUCAGCAAUUAAAAGAUAAAAUUGCAUGUAUUCAUAGAAGUAUUUGCAGCCCAGUUUUAGAGUACAAAGGAGUAGUUUGUGGUGGUGGGAUUAGGAAGUACUUUGCACCAAGGUCAAAUACCCAAGAGAGACAGAGGUGGUGUCCUGAGUCUAGGGAAAGGCCCAUGUAGCCUUGCGGGAAACAGAUCUGAAGCCUAGUGGGACCAGACAAUGUUUCAGAGGACUUUGCCAAAGUUACACCUUCUGGUGGGAGGGAGGCGGGGAGAGAGUGCUAGUGCACUUCCAGUGAUGUGUAUGUAUCUUGGUUAUUAACUUAGUUGUAAGAAAAGACUUCUGGGCUUAUUUUCUAGAGGCUCUAUAUGUACACUCAAGACCUUGUCAGGGAGAAUGCUAAUUCCAUGAUAGUGCAUCCCGUGCUACAGAAUCAUUGUUUGUGCUCGUGUGCCUCUCCUCAUGUAAUGGUUUCUUUUUGAUACUUGUCAUUUAAAUUUUAACUUCAAUAUGUAAUAUAACAUUUUUUCUGGUUUACAAGAUGUAAAAUCUUACAAUAAGCCAAUGGAACCCUUGAUUUCCUACCUCAGUGUACACUCAGUUAUUUGUCAUAUCAAUCUGUGGAUGUGCAAAUGUCACAUGACCUUUGGCUUUUAUUGCUGCUGUAAAUAACUGCUUUGAAAGGUUACUUACUAUUUUAUGAUAAAACCUAGUUGUUUCCAGAGCUUAAAGAUGAAUUUUAAGACCCUUGUUUUAAAUGUAUCUCUAUACAAACAGGUUAACAUUCUGGGUUUAUUUUAAUGUUAUUCUGAUUUAUUGGCCAAGUGUAAUAUUUCUUACAAUAUAGCAUUACUUUUACUAGCCAGCAUGUAAUACAAGUAACUACACUACCUCAUUCCUCCAUAGUUUUCAGGACAGAGAGAUAAAAACAUUUUUAUCUUUGUCUUUUGGCCAUAAGGUGGGGAUGUUUUCUAUAUAACGCAUAGCAUUACGCAUUUAUGCCUAUUUUAAUAUUAACUUCUAGAGAAGUUUUUUCUAAGAGAAUUUAUUUCAAGUUGAUUUUUGUUUUUGAGGCUGCCGAAGACAAAUGACAGGAUUAUGUGUAUACAGUGUAUAUCUCUUCCUUCAUGCAACAUUUUGGAAAGGUGGUUUUCAGUUUGUAUAUUGCAUAUUUACAUGAUUAUUUUUCCUUAUGUUAUACAUUGGCAUUCUCAGUGCUUGAUCAUUUUUAAGAAUUUAUUAUGUCUAAUAAAAGAACAUUACCAUAAAAUUCAUUUUCAUCAUUUGAAUUCUGUAACUACCGCAGAUUAGUUGUUAUAUUCAGAACAAAUGUGGAUAUGAGUCUUGGUUCUCCAUUUUACAACAGUUUAUUGUAGCUCAAUGCUUACCCAAUUUUAAAUAAGGAAUCACAUGUGUUUGAUGCAGUACACGAUGCAGGUUGCAUAUGGACACUCGGGCCACAUUAACUUGGAAAAAAUAGCAAACAAAUGGCAAUGUUAUGAUAAAUUCUCAGGUGAAUUUUUUUUUCAGUUAAGAAACAUCUAUUUUGAAUUUGUAAAUAUUUUAAGUGUUUUAUUAAGGCAUGUAAAUUCUGUUCUUUGAAAUCUGCUGUUCAGAAUGAAGAUUUAAAGCCAUACGGUAGUCAAAGGUAGCAUACUGAUUGUAAAAUAAACAUAACAUUAUUGAUUUUUUUUGUAUCUUUCAUAUAAUUUUCUAACAUUGCAAUAAAACCACUAAACAUGUAUCCAUAUCUUAAGAUCCUGUUUCAUUAAAACUAAACUUUACCUAGCACUUAAUUUA